GUGCCGCAUGACUGGCGCCUAGAGUGAGUGUGGGAGGAGAAGACUUGAAAGAUGGGGACAGACAGGGGAAACCGGGAGAAAAAUGAAGUCAGUUUGGACUGGGAUAUUUUAUGAUCACCCAGUAGGUCGGUAGACCUGAAUUGGAAACUCCCGAUCCCGCGUUUGCAGCAAACGGGAAAACGGCUGCGGGCCUCAGGAGGUGAUAGGCCCUUGGUUACUGUCGCCAUCUUUAUUGGGGGCAAGGAUAUUAAAUGAGAAUAAUCGAGACCGACAAGUUCUGAUAGUGAGCAGAGUCAUCAGGAUCUGAAUAUCAUUGGCGUCUAACUGUGUGGAAGUAUAAAGGUUGUUUUGCAUCGAGAGAUUCCAAGUGAAACUUUGUCCAGAUCUGACAGUCACCCUGUUUGCAAUAAUCAUCUGAGGAUUUUGAACAUUGGAGGAAAAAGCACUGUUCACACUGGGUAGAAUCACGUAUCGACUGUGUGUAGAACUGUCUGUGAAGAUUCAUCUGAAAUGUCCAAACGCCAUUGUGCUCACACGGGUGAGAGACUGUGGAAAUGUGGGGAUUGUGGGAAGGGUUUUCUUUACCCAUCCCAGCUGGAAAUGCACCAGCGCAGUCACACUGGGGAAAAGCCAUUCACCUGCUCUGAUUGUGGGAUGCGAUUCACUCGGUCAUCCAGCCUGCAGAUACACCAGCGAGUUCACACCGGGGAGAGACCAUUCACCUGCUCCCUGUGUGGCAAAGGAUUCAGUCAGUCAUCCAACCUGUUGAAACACCAGCAAGUUCACACUGGAGAGAGACCAUUUACCUGCUCCCUGUGUGGGAUGGGAUUCACUCAGUCCUCCAGCCUGCUAAGACAUCAGCAAGUUCACAUUGGGGAGAGACCGUUCAUUUGCUCCCAGUGUGGUAUGGGAUUCACUCAAUCUUACCACCUGCGGAUACACCAACGCAGUCACACUGGGGAGAAACCAUUCGCUUGCUCUGAUUGUGGAAAGGGAUUCACUUUGUCAUCCAGCUUGCGGAAACACCAGCGAAUUCACACCGGGGAGAGACCAUUCAGCUGCUCUGAAUGUGGGAAAGGAUUCGCUCAGUCAUCCAGCCUGCGGAUACACCAGCGAAUCCACACUGGGGAGAGACCAUUCACUUGUGCUGUGUGUGGGAUGGGCUUCACUCAGUCAUCCAGCCUGCGGAUACACCAGCGAGGUCACACUGGGGAGAGACCGUUCACUUGUGCUGUGUGUGGGAUGGGAUUCACUCAGUCAUCCAACCUGCAGAUACACCAGCGAGUUCACACUGGGGAGAAACCAUUCACCUGCUCCCUGUGUGGGAGAGGAUUCAGUCAGUCAUCCAACCUGCGGAGACACCAGCGAGUUCACACUGGGGAGAAACAUUCACUCCGUUGACACACCAGCGUCUUCACUCUGGGGAGAGACCAUUUACUUGUUCUGUAUGUGGGAAGGAAUUUAUUCUGUCAUCCAAACUGUUAACAUACCAGUGAGAUGACCCUGGAUGGAUUCUGGUCGCCAGAUCUGUUUGUGUAAAAUAUUUGCUGUUUGCAAAUACGCUGGCAAAUUUACAAAGAAUUGCGGGUGAAGGGUUUUUCUUUUAUUUGCAUCAUUGACUCAUCCUUGUUCAUUGGGCCGUUUGUAUUGAUAUUAUCAAAGCCAAUUCUAUUCAAGGUGCUGAUAAAAUUGUCAAUACAAUGUUGAUACAAUUGUGUAUCUGUAUGGCAAAUUUUGGAAAUGAUCACAAUGUCACUGUACAUCCACCCAUUUACACUGGUAAAGACUGUCCACCUACGUACUGUUUGUAAAGUGAUUUUAUGAUUCAUUUGGACUGCUUAGACAGGUAUGAGUUCCCUAGUAACUGUCAGUGUUGUAUUUUGAUGCUGUUCUCUAUACCCAAACCACGUUUUCUUAACCUGUUUCUGAUGUUGUUUGUAAACCCCACUGGUUCAGUGACUUAUUCGGUAAAAAGUAAUACAAAUCAGCUUCUCAUUAAAAUUAUGUUGCGUUAAGUCUACCUCAUUCUGCGUGCCUUCGAGAUAAGAUAAUCAUGUGUACCCUCCAUGUGAGCAGUUUGAGAGAAGGCACAUCCAGAGUGAGAUAUAGCCUGUAAUGCUGGAAAUUUAGUUACAAAUGCUGUUUGGCUGUAUGUAACCUAACUUGGCAAGGGGAUGGGAUCCAGAGAGAAUGUCCAAAAGUGUAAGAAGAAAAGAGAAGAAUCAACAAGUGAGUUAGGAAGGCAUUGACAUUAAAGCUGGUUGAAGUACCAGGGAGUUUGACAUGGUUGAAUGGCAUUGAUUUUAACGCUACACGUUUGACAAACAAGGCAAAUGAGGAUACACAUCAAAACAUGGGCAUAUGAUGACAUGCUGUCACUGAGAUAUGGUUGAAAGAGAGAUGAGAUUGGAGACUCAAUACUUCAGGAUGCAGGGUCUUCAUGUGAGAGAGCAAAGGAUGCAGGAGA